CACGUAUAAUACACCCUUCCAGAAAGUACGUCAUUUGGCGAUAAAACCUCGUUUUCGUGUACCUAAGCCUCUCAAUCACGAAAACGAGGCUGUAUAGCGAAAGUGACGUACUUUCCACAAGGGUCUAAUAGCCCCGCGCUGAUCCAUCCAGUGCAAAAUGUUGCGUGAUCGACUUUCGUGAUCGAAAGCGAUCACUUUCUUUUGAAAUACAAACAGUCAAGCGAAACAAAUCUCAUUUGCUGUUGUUGACUGCACAUAUUUCAAAAGAAAGCGAUCGCGAAGAGUCGAUUGUGCGACAUUUUGCACUGAAUGGAAAUUAAACGCGCACUCUGUUGAUCGUUAGAUGUAAACAACGGUACUUCGAAACUGCAUAGCGCCACCUUAAUUAAAAUAGCCCGUUCGCAGAAUGAUCGGAUAAGAACGUACCAUCUUCGGCCAAACACAUGUUAAAAUCAUAGGUUAAAAUCUUAGGAACAUGGCGGAUGCUGGCAGUCAAGCAAAGGUAUAGAAGUUUUGUACAAUUUUGAAUGAACAAUUUUAGAAAAUCUCUGUACUUCAAGUUAAAACAAGAACAAUCAAUUUGAAAUAGUUUAUUUCGUAUUUUUAGGAAUUUAAAGAGAAGGGGAACAAGGCCCUUCAGGCUGGCAAUUUAGAUGAGGCAAUACAAAAUUAUACCGAAGCCAUCAAACUCGAUCCAAAUAACCACGUAUUUUACAGUAACAGAUCAGCAGCAAAUGCUAAGAAUGGCUGUUAUGAUGAAGCUUUAGCAGAUGCUAAGAAAACUGUGGAGUUGAAACCAGAUUGGCCAAAGGUUAGCAGGCACAUGCACACUUACUGACAUGCCAGUAUGUUUAUAGGCGCACCCCCCGUGCCAAAGGAUACAUUAAAUGUUCUACUGGUGUUUGAAUUUAGGUACUGGUCAUACAUUCAGGGGGGGGGGGAUAUUUGGCGAUUUCACUCUUGUUGAGCCUCAUUUUCAUGAUCUGAGAGAUUGGGUUUAGAGACCUGAGAGAUUGGGUUUAGAGAUUGGGUUUAGAUAUCGAUGACCUAAAUGCAUAAAGAUCUCUACCAAGAUGAAGGCCUCUAACCCAACAUCUCAAAUCACAAAAAAAGGCUCUAUAGCCAAAAAGCCAAGGGUGUGUUGUUGUUAUCACUUGUAAAAUAAGUGGAUGAAACUAAAUAGCUUUAUGUACACUCAAUAGUGUUCUAAACUGUUCAUGUCCAGUUAAGGCUGUCCUAAAGGGACGUUAUUGAUCACCACUCCUGACAUUUACUUAACUUGUCCAUCAAGGGGUAUUCCAGGUUAGGAGCGGCAUAUUCAUUUCUCGCAAAUCCUGAAGAAGCAGAGAAAGCGUACGAGAAGGGACUAGAACUUGACCCAGAUAAUGCACAACUAAAGAAUGACCUGGCAGCACUAAAACAAACCUUUUCUGGUGAGUUUUGUUAUCAUUGAUCUAUUGACUCUAAAUCUCUUCCUGACCCUAUGGCCUAAUGCUAUGAAUCCUAUGAUAUCAUAUCUCCAUCAUCACUUUGAUCACCAUAAUCACCACCUUCAUUACUGUAAGUGCUUGUGAUGAUGGUGGUAGCACCAUCACCACAGCCAUUAUCAUCACCAUGACCACUGCAUCACAAGUAACCUAUGCUCACCAUACCCUACCACGAUUGUCAACAUGAUUAUCAAUGAGUGACCACAAUAUAUUGUCACUUCCUUGACAUGUUGAAUCUUUUCAAUAAAUACUAAUUCAAUUUCAAAAUGUAUUUAGGUCCUGGUAAAAGUGUACCUUUAGAUAAUCCAUUCUGCAGUCCAGAUCUUAUUCCAAAACUUGCAUCAGAUCCAGUAACUGCUGCAUACUUGAAAGACAGAAGCUUUUUGCAAAUCUUGAAUGAACUAAGAACAGACUCAAAGGCACUUGGAAAGUAAGUUCACAUGCAGAUUUUGUGAAAAUAAAAAAAUAUCUGCAAAUAUAUAGUAAUAGUGGAUAUACCUUGUUAUAGGAAAUUAACGAUGCACUUUGUAAUUUUCAUUUAUCGUUAGUUAAAAAUACCUAGAUUUGUUUUAUAUAACACUAACUCUUCUAACAAAAUACAGCAUAUUAAUGUAAACUAAAAACAUCAGUGCUCCUCUUAACACUAAACCUUUGUUGUUGUUGUGUUAAUUAAUUUGUCAACCAUGGAGAUCAGAUUUGCGUUAAUACCUAGAAGCAAUCCGUGUUAAUUUGAUGUCGCGUUAAUAAGGUGCGUCGUUGAUUUCCUAUAAGGUAUAAGUUAAUUAAUAUCUGCUUAUAGGCACAUGCACUUAAUUACAUGAUGUGCAAUUCACUGCUUAUUUAUUGAAUUCAAGAUAUUUGCAAGAUCCUCGGGUUAUGAAAACGUUAGAAGUGGUUCUUGGCAUCAAAGUGUUUACAGGUGAAGGACAAGGUACAUUGUAGAAAAAAUCAAGUGCCAGGGUGGAAUUUUCCAACUUGUGUUUGAAGUAAACUGGCAACCUAUAUCCACCUGUGCUUGGCACGAUGAGCUUCGCAAACUUUAUGCUUCACAAUUUUGUAGCAUGAAACCCACCCCCAGGUUCUGUGUGCUGUUCCUUAGUUGUUAAUUUUAGUUAUUGCACAUAUUUAGGUUUGUUGUGUUGAACUCUUAAUACCCUUUCUUUCUUUCUUUCUAUAUUAUAUAAUGAACCAGCCAAAGUGUGGUGCCCAGUAUAAAUUUGUAAAAAACAUUGUUCUGUCUUUCAGAAAGUGAACCACCAACACAAGAGAAAAAAAAACCUAAAGAAGAACCAAAGAAAAAGGAUAUAAGUCAAGAAAAGAAAGAUGUACAACAUUGUAUUGUUUUUACCCAUUUCCAGAAAUAUCAGUGCAGUACCACUGUCACUUAAGAUAUCAUUCCUUACUGCUUCUUCCUUUAUGUUAGGCUCUCAAAGAAAAGGAACUUGGUAAUGCUGCUUACAAGAACAAAGAUCUUGACACUGCCAUACAACAUUACACCAAAGGAUACGAGUUAGAUCCAACUAAUGUCACACUGUUGACAAAUCGUGCAGGUAUUGCAGGGUUUUCAUGUGUUACCAGAGCACUGCUUCCAUGUGUGUUCAUACUAUUUACCCACAGCUAACGGAAAAAAUUAAUAUCACUUUUCGACUCUGAUAACUACAGGGGCCAGUUAUUCACUGGAAAGGGAUUUUUAAUGUUGUAAAAAUACUUUAAAAGCUAUAAAACUACCAUUCCAGACCAUACAAUCAAUAAAAAGAAACUUGUAUAAAUACUAAAGUUUAAUUUGGUUGAAAACAAAACACUAUCCAGUGGAUAGUGUUAUCUGAUCUCAAGCACAACCAACCCCAGCUGACCAUCAUCUGUUGCAGCUGAAUAGAGCUUCAUGAACAAGAGUGAAAAUCCAUUCCAAAAUGUGUGUUGGGGAGAUGUGUCCUGCCAGGAUUGACACCCUUGAAACCCACCUAUGUUCUACUCCAUUAAAUAUAUUUUUCUUUUUACAAUUGCACCUCCAAAUAGCUGCGCACUUUGAGAAAGAUGAAUAUGACAAAUGUAUUAAAGAUUGUGAGCUGGCUGUAGAACAAGGGAGAGAACACAAAGCUGAAUUUAAAAUAAUUGCUCGGUAAGCUAACUUUUCACUUGUCUUUCAAAUGACGAGGACUGUACAGACUAGGUGUGAAAAUCUGAUCCGUUCGGAUUUCGGAACAAAAAUCGUCAUUUCGGAUUGAUCAAGUUGUUUCGUAGUCGGAUCGGACUUCGAUAUUCAAAAUAAAAUGAAUUAUAUAUAAUAAUUAUUUGGUUAAAUAUUUCCACUUGAACGAGAAAUUUAUUUUAUUAAUUAAAGGAUUCUUCGGAUCGGACUUCUUUAUCAAAACUCGUAUCGGAAUUUAAACAUUAGCCAAUUGUCGGAUUAUGAAGUUCCAAUCCAAUCCAAUGCACACCUCUAGUACAGACUGCAUAAAAUUAAAUAUUUUCCCCAAUUUCUAGUGCCCUUGAAAGAAUAGGGAAUGUUUAUCUCAAACAAGAUAAAAUUGAAGAAGCACUCCACUACUUUGAAAGAUCUUUGACAGAAUUUCGUUCCGAUGCUAUUGUGAAAAAGACCAACAAGGUAUGGUUGAAAUGUUAGAGGACAAGCUUAUUGACCACAUCCAACACUGGUAAAACCUACCUGAUUACUGCAGUAGUUUUGUCUGAUCAUGUUGCACACUUAUCAAUAUCUAGCAUUAUUUUUACACUGGCAGUUAAAGAAAGAUAUAAAGGAAAAAGAAAACCUGGCCUAUAUAAACCCAGAGCUGGCAGAGGAGGAACGACAAAAGGGAAAUGAGCUUUUCAAAAAAGGUAAUCCUGUAUCAUGGCACCUGGUAAGGAAAGCUGAACAGGACAUAUAUAGGGUGGGAUUUAAUCCAGUCAUUACAUAUCGUUACCUUUUUCAGUACUUUUACCAAGCUUUAAACUUCUCACACUUUAGGUGCAUUUCCCGAGGCAAUGAAACAUUACACAGAAGCCAUAAAAAGAAAUCCUAAUGAUGCAAAACUGUACAGCAAUCGAGCUGCUUGUUAUCAGAAGUUAGCCGAGCUUCGUCUUGCCCUCAAGGUAUGCCAUAUAUACAGUAGUGACUACUUGUAGAGAAAAUAAUAAUUUAAUAUUUCUUCUUAUGCAGGACUGUGAUGAGUGUAUCAAAUUAGAUGCAACAUUUGGUAAGCUUUGUGUAAUAUUACUUACAAAAACAUUGACAAAAGUUAAUGCUGGGUCCAAAUUUCUUUGCCAAUAAGCCUUUAAUAUUCUUUAGUUAAGGGGUAUACAAGGAAAGGUGCAUGCCACUUUGCCAUGAAAGAAUUCAGCAAAGCCAUGGAUGCAUAUAAUAAAGCAUUAGAACUUGAUAACGAUAAUAAGGUAAGAAAAGUUAACCAUCUUUGAAACAGGGUUGUGAAUAUUUAAAUGAAUGGAUGUUACUCAGAGCACAUGCAUUGAUAGAAAGUGGGAGUAAAGGCGUAGCCUGCAUGCAGCCUCAAACCAAAUUGAAAAAAAUUCAGGUUGAGGCUGCAGCCACUGCAUGUAGGUUGGUAAGGACACAGACAGUAAACUAGAGCACAAUUUGGAUUGCUUGUAAAAAAGAAGUUAUAAUUACAAACAAUAAGCCAAUGGAACAGAUUAUAGCAAGCAUUUAUUCUGUCAAUAUAAAAAUAAUUUAUUUAUAUCCAACAUUUCAUUUUUGAUAUGUAUAAGUUUUGGGGUGUGAAUAUACUAGAAAGCUUUGAAAAUAUAGCAUGUGGUAUUUUGUGGAAACUUUCACUACCUAAUAGUUAUUCAAACUGUAAUAUGACUUGCUGAUUCUAGGAAGCCAAGGAAGGUGUACAGAGAUGUUAUGUGAGUUCUACCACACCUUCUUCAGAUCCAGAAGAAGUUAAAAGAAGAGCAAUGGCAGACCCUGAAGUACAGGUAGAAAUUGAUACAUAACUUGCAAUUACUUUUACAACACAAGUUUACCUGUGAAUGUUUGAAAUCCCAUCUUAAAUGCUGUUUUUUAAUUAUUUAUUACAUACUGUUUUCCAGGAAAUUCUAAGGGAUCCAGCCAUGAGGAUGAUCCUUGAACAAAUGACAGAAAAUUCUGGAGCAAUUCAAGAGUGAGUCCAUUUGUCUAUUUCAAUUUAAUACUGCCACUUAUCUGACAGUUCAGUUUUUGAAGCAAAAGGUCAGCAUAGGACAUCACUACAAUUCAGGAAAUCUGUUCUCCCACUUUCACUGGCUGAAAUAAUAUUCAACCCAGCAAAAGUUGGGGACAUAUUUCCUGAAAAUCUUCUUUUUCUUCGAUUAGCCAUCUCAAAAACCCAGACAUUGCAAGGAAGAUCCAGAAACUAAUGGAAGUUGGUGUAAUACAAAUGAGAUGAUUGUUGAUUGCAUGAUGUUCUUUCCACCCACGAUGUGCUUUCCAUUCACACUUCAAAGAAAAAUUACAAGAAUUUUACAUGGCAAGUGCAAGCCAUGCUGUUGCUUGAAAUCAUUCUCCACUAGAGGCAAUGUUGCCUGGUGGAAAACAUACUGCUUGGACAAAUUUAUAUGGUUAAUUAAUUAAAGAUUAGUGUCAAAUUUUUUAUUAAUAUGUGAUGUAUUAGUUAUGGUGUGUCAAUCAGUUACACAAAUUACAAGGAGUAUUUACUUAGAAUCCUGUCACAAAGUAUUCUGCAAACUAAUUCUACGUUCAUUGAGAAGACAAAUAGACCUUGUGCAUAAUGAUUCCUGCUUGUGGUCCAAAACUACAAUUACCAGAAUCUUGGAAAGAGAUAGCAAUACUUAUAAAGAAUUUUCUUGUACACCACAAGGAAACAUCAUGCACACAUCUGUGCGUUCAUUUAUUUCUUUUACCCAUGUGAAUAUUAUUAAAUAAGGCAUUAAACUACGAUAAUUGGCUACUAUUUUUCUUUCUACAUUAUUUACAAGUAAAAACCUUCAUCUAAAAAGAAUACAACUGGAUUGCAAAGGCAGGUUCCAUUUGGCUGCAGCAGUCGUGACCAAGUCAAUGUAAUUACAAUUAAUGUGAACUAAUCUGGAUCAAUUAUGUCUAUUGUGUGAGGUAUGGUAAUCCACUUGAUGACAUGAACAUAUAUGCCACUCAGGAAUAAUAUCCUCACCCCCCCCCCCACUCAAUUUUCGUCUUAUUCUAUCAUAUAGUCGCAAUUUGAGGUAUCAAGCAGUUAAAUUUGGGACUGCUGGGACAAGUGAAUGGGUAGUUCCAGAAAAUAUCCACACUCCCACCGAGGAAAUUUCUGCCAUCUGGAGAAAAACUUUACUUCUGAAAGUGCAUUAGGACAUCUGAGGGGGUUAGUUCCAAUUUUUUCUAUGGAUGGUUUCUGGAAUAACCCAAUUUAGUAUUGUGUAAAUGGUCCCUAUGACAUCUUGACUACUUGCAAAGAUAUAUUUUGACACUACAUUAUCACCUUGACUUAACACAACCAAAUGGAAACCUUGUCUAGAGAAGGAAAAAACCAGCUACAAACCAAGGCAUCCCAUACCAGUGAUGUGUACUCCUUGGUCUCCAGCCAUGACAUGUUGUCAAUGAACAGCUUGAAUAAUAAAACAGACCAUUAGAUUGGCAGUCUCGAAAGUAUUUCCUGCAUAAUCUAAUUCUGAUUUGUAAUAUUUCUUCCUGGUUAGUAAAUAAUUCCCUUCUCAGCAAUCAAUAAUACACAGAAAAACUAUUUAGUACUAUCUUUGCUGUGCUUAAAAAUUCCACAAGUGUUUAGCAUGACACAGUUGCAAACACUGGACCAAUGUCUAAAUAUUGUACAAACUACAUGUAUUUUAUCCUUACUAAAGUACAAUAAACCUCUUACAUUUGCUAUAAGCCAAGGCAGAAGUAUUUUACAAAAAUUCAAAUUAUACAUUCUUUUGCACAAUAACUCCCCAAGGAAUACUAAAAUGAGAGAAUAUUUACCUUAUCUAUUGUUGCAAUGGAUUAUUAAUACACAGCGGGUGGUCGUCAUGGAAUUCAACAGUGUGAUCUAGAAGAAUUCUGAAUCAUUAGACCAAAUCAAUAAAGCUACCUGUUACUUCAAAAUAAACAUAAAACAACACUUCAAGUUUUCUUUAUGUUCAACCCAGUACUUUGCAAUUUCGUAUUUAUAACACACUAUUUUCUACGAAUGUUUUCUCACCAACUUAUAAUUUAUGUAACAAAAUAUCAAUCAAUUUGUAAUAGUCAAUUUCAAACAAACCUGUUCCCCCUCAGACCUUAUUAUUUUCAAUAAUUUUAAUUAAGAAACAUAAAAACAACAUCCAGUGCUAUUAUGAGGAACGCCAAACAUAUUGUGGCUGGGAUCGCUGCAGGUUUAGGAUCUGGGUACUAAUUGCACUUGCUUUGUUUUUAAUAAAAGUCAAGUUAUUAAAAUAGCACUGAUCUGAUGCCAAUCCCCAGGUGGAUUAUGGGUAGUGUGGGCAAAAUUAUGCAAAAAUGUUUGAAAUUGACUAGUACUUAUGAAGCAUAUUGUUUGGAACACAUUUUUGAUCAGCUAAACCAUUCCUAACAUUAUAACAUAAAGCUGAAUGAAUUUUUUCGAUCAAUAUGGUAAAACUACUUUUUCUUUGUUUUUUUCCUUACAAACAGAAAAUGUAAGAAUUGUUCGACAUAAAGGUUAUUACCGUGGUUGGUAUAUUAGUUAAUCACCCAAGAAAUAUCAAACGAACCUUUUGCCGAUAUUGGUCUGUGUGGGUGGGUGGGUUGUUUGAACAUCUGCACACAGGCUCUGCCUUCUUGAAAAACUCCUUACUAAUCUCACUGAUCAACACAUGUCGUUCGCUGUGCUCUGCUUCAAGCUUAUAUUUUCUUGCCGUAAUGAAUCAUUCUCCUUUUGCAACUGUAGAAAUUCGCUUUUUAAAGAGUCAGACAUGUCUCCUAUUGGUUCUUUUAGGCUGUUGUUGAUACCACUAGUACUGUUACAACACAAUUGUCUUUCUUUCUCCAAACUGUCUCUGUGACUUUCUAAAUAUUUCACCUUUUCCAAAAGCUCAAUUUUGGAAAGAGAGUAAAGAUUGUCACGGUGUAAUUGACGAUAUGUAGUUUCGAAAUCUUUCAGAAAGAACUGCUCAUUAAAAUUGUCCAACUCAGCAUAAAUUUCGAAGUCAUUUUCUUCUCGACUUUCAUUAUCUGUUGACACCGAAGACGAUGGUGAUAAAUUUAAUAUUGGUUCAACUUUUUCUCUGUCUUCCAUGAGGAAUUGUGUAGUGUUUGAAGGCGCUACUCUAUGCUUUCUCUGUUUCAUGUAUUCGUUUAUAAAUUUUCUUUUCUCUUCCAGUCGCCACCGUCUGCCGCGACGCGUUUUCUUCCGCUUUGAAACUCUUGAAUCUUCGCCUAAACACGUUUCUGACAUUUUGAAACAAGUUAGGGAAGUAAAAUGCAUCGAAUUGGAUUGAAAAAUGCCUUCUCGGAAUAAAAAAGACGGCUUGAAAACAGACAAAAGACAGCUGUUUAACCCGAUUCUUGCGUUGUCUUGUGCAGUCGCCUAAGAGGACGCACGCUUUUAGUUUCAAAUAAAUCUAAGAAAAAAGUACUUCUUAGAUAUUUAAAACAAUAAUUUACUACCUUUCGUCUUUAGGAACCUCCUGAACGUCUUCUUCGCUCCAAAAGUUCAAGCUUUCUGCUAUUUUUCAGCUACAAAAUGAACGAUACCAACGACCAUGAGUUGCAAUCUUUGAAUGACGAACGUUCCUGCAACGUUCGCGGGUAAAUAUUUCAUCACCAAGG